AUUUGUUCCUUUUUUUUUUUCUUUUGUUUUCUUUUUAUUCCUCUUACAUCUCUCUCUCUUAUCCAAAGUCUGAUCAUUGAGUCCAGUUGGUUUAUCAGGGAAACCAGCUGGUCUUCUUUUGCUCUUUCAUGGUAACACUGUUUGUUUCGAGGGCCAAAGCCACAAAGCUUUCUUCUUCUUCCUCACUCACCCCUCUGCGUGUGUGUGUGUGUGAGAGAGAGAGAGAGAGAGCUUUGACAUUACCCUGUGGCCAUGAAAGCUAAAGCUCCGUCCUUUUCUCUGUUCUAUUUCUUACCUGAAACUUGAUUCCUUUUCAUAGCUUGGACAAGAACAAGUACUGGGUUUGGCUUUUCUUGUUGUCUUGGAUGGUCAAGGGUUUCAUUUUUGCUACUCACGAUUCUUGACAUUGGACCCAACCUUUUGGGUUUCUGAAAGCGAAUUGUGUGUUACUUCCUCUCUGAUUGCUCGGAAGAACGAACUCGUGAGUAAUCUGGGUCUUCCAUACAUAGCUGUUCUGGAGAUCGGGUUUUCGCUCAAGUUCUCAGACCUGCUCAAGAGGACACGCCAUUCUUGUGUCGGUUGACAUGCCUAUUACUUGUAAGCUUUCCAAGAGACCAGAGGAGCCAAACCGUGCCGGAAAAUGGAGAGUGAGGUUUAAGUUUUUCCCAAUUUUCGGCGGGUUGGUCUGCGUGGUGAUUGUUCUUUGGGCCCUCUCGGGCAAAAUCCACUAUCUUGAUGGAAAAGAUAUGAUGUUUUUCAGACAUAACAAUGUCAGCAGGAGUGAGAUUUAUGCUCUGGCUUCUUUGUUCUAUGAUUCUGACCAGGUGACAUCCUUUGAGUGCCACAAAGAAUCUGGCCUCGCAGGAUUAGUAAACGGUGGUGUUACAUGUUCUAUAACUAUGCGUUCGAGUGAGAAGAGGCACUGUACAAGUGUUGCAGAGAUGGUGAAAUCUGAGGCACAAUGCUUUGUUCAGGAGGGAAGAACUCCAUGGAAUCUUUGUUCUGUUUCAUCACCAGCUCCAAUGUAUGAGAAUCCUGAAGGGAACUUGCUUCAAUCAACACAACUCGUAGACUAUGAAACGGAGAACCAUCAGAAUUUCUCAUCUUAUCUAAUGAACGGAUGGUGGUGUCUCCUCGCUGGAGUGCUCGCAUUCUGGAAGAAUUUUUCACGUCGUUCUGAAAGAACAAGAGAGAAAAAGGAAAAAGCUUCUCUUCAGCAGCCAUUGGCUCAGACUCCUUCAAGAGGAACUGGAGACUGGAGGAAGAAGUUACUUACCUUCCUUGCCUUCCUGGGAAUUCUGCUAUCUGUUUUCUUGUUUUGGCACUUAAAUAAAAAUAUUACACGUAAAAGGACAGAGACAUUAGCUAGCAUGUGUGAUGAACGAGCCCGCAUGUUACAAGAUCAGUUCAAUGUUAGCAUGAAUCAUGUACAUGCCUUGGCCAUCCUUGUAUCCACCUUUCACCACGGGAAAACCCCGUCUGCCAUAGAUCAGAAAACCUUUGGUGAAUAUACUGAGAGAACAAAUUUCGAGAGGCCUCUUACUAGCGGUGUUGCUUAUGCUUUGAAAGUUCUUCACUCAGAAAGAGAACAGUUUGAGAAGGAGCAUGGAUGGACAAUAAAGAAAAUGGAAACCGAGGACCAGACUCUUGUGCAAGACUGCGUUCCUGAAAAUUUAGAUCCAGCACCCCUUCAAGAUGAAUAUGCACCGGUUAUAUUCGCUCAAGAAACCGUCUCCCAUAUCGUGUCAAUUGACAUGAUGUCUGGGAAAGAAGACCGUGAAAACAUAUUGAGGGCAAGGGCAACCGGGAAAGGGGUAUUAACGUCUCCUUUUAAGCUUCUGAAGUCUAAUCAUCUUGGUGUUGUGUUGACCUUUGCGGUAUACAAUACCGACCUACCGCAUGAUGCUACAGAGGAACAACGUAUUCAAGCGACUAUGGGAUACUUAGGUGCAUCUUACGAUAUUCCAUCACUGGUAGAGAAGCUUCUUCAUCAACUUGCUAGCAAACAGACUAUUGCAGUGAAUGUUUAUGACACGACCAAUGCUUCGGCUCCCAUCAGAAUGUAUGGCUCGGAAAUCGGCGAUGAAAGCCACCAUCACAUUAGCACCCUUGAUUUUGGUGACCCUUCAAGGAAACAUGAAAUGCAUUGCAGGUUUAAGCAAAAGCCUCCUACUCCUUGGUCGGCUAUAGGUACGUCUGGUGGACUUCUGGUUAUUUCUUUUCUCCUUGGCUACAUCUUCUAUGAAGCUAUCAAUCAAAUUGCAAAAGUUGAAGAAGACUGUCAGAAGAUGAUGGAGCUCAAAGCUCGUGCUGAAGCCGCCGAUGUAGCAAAAUCACAGUUCCUAGCGACGGUUUCUCACGAGAUACGGACUCCAAUGAAUGGUGUUCUUGGAAUGCUGACAAGGCUGAUGGACACUGAUCUUGAUGCAAUUCAAUUGGAUUAUGCCCAAACUGCUCAUGACAGCGGGAAAGAUCUCAUCUCACUGAUAAAUGAGGUUCUUGACCAGGCUAAGAUUGAAUCAGGAAAGCUCGAUCUUGAAAACGUGCCUUUUGAUCCACGUUUUGUUCUUGAUAACGUUUUGUCUCUCCUCUCUGGGAAAGCAAAUGAGAAAGGAAUCGAGUUGGCCGUGUAUGUAUCGGGGCAAGUUCCCGAUGUUGUUACGGGUGAUCCGGGAAGAUUCAGGCAGAUAAUUACAAACCUUGUUGGAAACUCAAUCAAGUUCACGCACGAUAAGGGGCACAUAUUUGUCUCGGUCCAUCUUGCAGACGAGGUGAGGGAACCCCUCGACACAGAAGACGGAGUGCUGAAACAAAGACUGGGUUUAGCACUCGAGAAGUCGGGUGAGAUAUGCAACACAUUUAGCGGGUAUCCAGUCGUAGAUGCGUCAGGAAGCUGGAGGAAUUUCAGGACAUUUAACGGCAUCCCAGAGAAUCAUCAUGGACCUGAUAAAAUCGAACUGCUUGUUACUGUCGAGGACACGGGAAUUGGUAUUCCUCUAGAUGCACAAGACCGGAUUUUCACUCCGUUCAUGCAGGCUGACAGUUCGACCUCCCGUACUUAUGGUGGGACAGGUAUUGGCUUAAGCAUAAGCAAGCGUCUGGUUGAGCUCAUGCAAGGAGAGAUUGGAUUCGUUAGUGAGCCUGGAACGGGCAGUACUUUCUCUUUCACCGGUAUUUUUGGGAAAGCGGAAAAGAAUGCAUCGGUUACCAAGUGGGAGCAGUACGAUUCAGCCGUUCAGCAGUUCCGUGGAUUGAGGGCAUUAGUUAUUGAUAGCAGAAGUAUCCGAGCUGAGGUCACGCGAUACCAUCUUCAGAGGUUGGGAAUAUCGGCUAAUUUUGCUACAUGUUUGAGAAUGGCAUCUACCUUUUCGAGUAAAUUGGCAAAUUUGGCUAUGGUUCUAAUCGACAAAGAUGUCUGGAACAAGAAAGAGUUCACAGAAUUCAGCGAGUUGCUAAACAAUAGUGGUCAAGAAACAUCCAUGAGCCGCCCGAAGAUUUUUCUUCUGGCAACCUCUGCAACUCCCAUGGAGCGAGUUGAGUUCAAGUCUUCUGGUCUUGUCGACGAUGUGGUAAUAAAGCCUCUUCGCUUGAGUGUCUUGAUCGGUUUCUUGCAACAAGCCCUCAGCAACGGUAAAUACAAGCACACGAAUAGGAAGAAGCGAGAAAAUCUCGGACAUCUCUUGAGAGACAAGCGGAUUUUGGUUGUCGAUGACAAUCUGGUGAAUAGGAGAGUGGCCGAAGGUGCGCUCAAGAAAUACGGAGCCACCGUGAAAUGUGUCGACAGUGGAAAGGCUGCAUUAGCAAUGCUUAAGCCUCCACAUAGUUUCAAUGCUUGCUUCAUGGAUCUCCAGAUGCCUGAAAUGGACGGAUUUGAGGCGACGAGGAAAAUCCGUGAUCUGGAGAAGGAAACCAACGAGAAGAUCGAGUCUGGAGAAGAGUCUGCUGAUGUGUUUGGUAACGUGGAUAACUGGCAUGUCCCCAUAUUGGCGAUGACAGCUGAUGUGAUUCAGGCUACGAAUGAGAAAUGUGUGAAAUGCGGAAUGGAUGGUUACGUAUCAAAGCCGUUUGAAGAAGAAGUGCUGUAUAAAGCGGUAGUGAGAUUCUUUGAGUGUAGUAGUUAGCGAAAAGUCGUUUUACACCAUUGGAUCAUCCCGAUGUCUCAUGCUUGUGCUCGAGGAAGAACAGCAACCAACCGGGAAACUCUAGGUAAUUCCACGGCUUUGCACUCAACAUGAGUUCAUUGCAGGGAAAGAAUUUUCCGCUGCUUACUUCGUCGGUUUCGUCCCGCAAGAAACCACGAAAUAGCAGACGGGAGAACGACUGUUUUCUUUCCCUUUGUAUAUACGGGUUUCACCCUUUCCGUUUCCCGUCGAUAUUUGCCCGAGUGUAUAGCAGAUUUGCAGUGUAUAGCUUAGUAUAUUCUGUUCAUAUAGCCUCUGUUUCUGUCUUCUGAAACUUUGGAGUUACCUUGUAUGUUGUGGUAGUAAUCUCACCUUUUCCUCUGCAGUGAAAAGGUGAGAGUAUUAGGUUUUAUUGCCAAUGACUUCGUGUUUUGUCUUGUUCA